CAUCUGACACGAAAAUUGAAAUGGGUUGAAAAUGAGAGAUGUGAGAUGGAUUUUCAACAUUGAUUUGUAAAAACUGCUGAUUCUUUAUCCAGAAUCAGUGAAUCUUAUUCAAUAUUCUUUAAGAGCAUGAUCCAAGGAGGAAGAAGGACAACAAAAAUAAACGGGUCCAAAAUUGGCAAAUCUUACUCUUCAAGCCUCGAAUCUUCUCGUUCCUAUGAUGAUUCAAUUUCAGAAAUUACAACUUUAUCCCACUCUUCUGGAGAUCAAAAAAUCAGACAUAACAACUACCGUAAUUCAAAAAAUUUCAAUACUAGAAAAUCUCACUUUGUUUUGAGAAAGGACACAGAUUCAAAUGAUUCUGGAUUUAGGAAAAACUCUCAUUACUCUAAUAAACACAACAGAAGACAUCAUCAUCACCAUGAAGACAAUAUUUUAACUUCUAAAAAUUUCAGGACAGAAAAACCUAAUUGUCAUAAAUUUGUUGAUUCUAAAAGCAAUAAACGAGGCAGCAAAUCUGCCCGAAAAGACAAAUCGAGACUUUUAGAAAAUGAAAGUUGUAGAAGAUUUUCUUCCAUAGAAGUUAAUGCACUUUCAGAUAGGACUUCUCUCUGCAAUAAUUUUCAUUCUCAGAAAAAUGAAAAACAUUAUUUUAAAAGUGGUUUUAAAUGUAAUCAUAUAAAUGAUAAAUUGAAUCGAAGAAAAGAAAAAGAAAAGGAUGGGAUUCCAGAUUUUGGUAAUUUGGAUUAUAAUGAAGGCAAAAAUGUGUCGAUUUUUAGUCAAGAUGAAAAGGACAGAAUAGAAGACUCUAUUGAAGGAUCAGCUCGUACUCGAGUUUUUUAUUUAAAGAAGGAAGAUGUUAAAAAUUGCAAAAAACUCAAUCAGGAUUUAAAUAUCGAUUUGCAUUAUUUUCGUAAUUCAACAAAAAUAACUAAAUAUCAACCAAAGAAAAGAAGUACAAGUGAAUCAGAGAUAGAAAAUAAAAUUCAAUUAAGAAAAGUAAAGAGUGUCGAAAAAUCAAGUAAAAAUUCCUUUGAUUCCAAUGUGGAUAAAACCAAAAAAACUAGAAAGAUUGAUAAUAAGGAAACUAAAAUUGCAGAUGCAAAAGAAGAAGUUUUGACAAGUAUUUCAAAUCUUACUAUUAAAAGUUUAUUUCAAUCAAAAAAAAGUCAAGGGCAUAGUAGAAAAUGUUCUAAAGGACCUCAAAAGAAAUGUAAAAUAAAAGGAAAAAAUAAUUCCAACAUAAAUUUAAAUUCAGAAAAUGAUAUCUCUGAAGAAGGAAAGGUUGAAAAUUUAAUCACUGAUUCAGAAGUUAAAAUUGCAGACAAAAAACUGAGAGAAUUCCAAGAAAUAAAGAAAAGUAUAAAGAAAAAUCAGAAAAGAAAAAGAACCAGGUACAAAAACUCUCGACCUGAAUUCAAAAGGAAAACCUUACGUUACUUAAACUAUUUGAUACGAAGAGUUAUUUUGAGUGAUAGAGAAGAUAAUAAAAAUGAAGAUAGAGACAAAAAAAUGCUGAAAAAUAAAAUAGAAUCCGGUUGUGAAUGCAGUGAAUACGCUUCUCUGAAAAAUAUUGAAGAUCGACUUUCCGAAAUUAAUGAAAAUGAAAAUUCUGAGACAAGUUUUUCUAAUUAUCUCGAAUCUGCCUAUCUGAAAAACUCUCCUAGUGAAAUAGACAAGGAACGGAUUAAAGACCCUGUGAAGUUAGCGGACGAGUGCAGCUCGGCUCUCACAUGCGGAGAACCUCUGCUAAAUCAGAGACAAGCGUGCGCGCGCACGCCGGGCAUGCGCGUUGCUUUCCGACCCAUACUCUGCCAGGCCGACGGUUCUCCACAUGUGGGAGCCGAGCUGCACGCCUCAGAUGACUUUACAGAAACUCCAAUGCGCAAAAUAGAAAUAGAAUUUCUGGACACAGAAAAAUAUUGUAUAUAUAAAAUUUAUAAAAGCACCGAUGGAGUAAUAUUAAUUAAAGAAUCUCAGAGAAAAGAAUUAAGAGAAGGCGAAUACGUGAUCGGGAGAAGAAUUUUAAAAGAUCCUGAAACAUUACUUCCGUUUUCGAUUAAUACAAGUUCUGAAAAAAAUGUAAAUCAAUUAUUUUCACAUCGCAAUAAUUCAACGCAGACUGAAAUUGAUUUAACGAAGCAGAGUUCAAAAAAUAAAAGUUGGUUUAGGAAAUUGUAUACCCAAAAGUACCAGAGACGCUCAAAAAAAUAUUUCACUUCUUUAGAAUCGAGGAGCAAUUCCAGUUUUCUAGAAUCAUCAGACUUUCAACAAAUUCAAUCUACCUUUACGAAAAGCUAAGAAAAUUUAUUCACCAAUAAAAAAGUUUCUCUCAAAUCAGAGUUCAAAUGGAAAAUAAUUGUAAUUUUAUUCCAUCUACAGAAUUGCAAAUGACAAGAUCUGAAUUAAUUAAUCCAAAGGGUAGUUCUCAAGAUACAAGAUUAAGGAAAGAGAGGAAAUCUUCUAGAAAAUUUUUUAGAAUUUUUGAGAGAAAGAUCAAAUUUAACCAAAUUUCAUUUAAAGAUUAAAAAUUAAAGAAGUAGUAAAAGUGUUUGAAUGAUAAUCUUUUAAUAGGAGAAUGAGAAAGUAGCUUAUAAAAUAAAUCAGUUUU